AUGGCUUCUUCAUAUUCUAGUUCAAUUUUUUUCCUGCUUUCUCUCUGCUUAGCCUUUAGCACAGUUGCUUUGGGUGGAAAUUUCUACAACGAUUUUGACAUUCUCUAUGGAGAUAAACGUGCUAACAUAAAAGAUGGAGGCAAAAGUAUGACCCUCACAAUGGACAAAUAUUCUGGCUCUGGCAUAGUAUCCAAGAUUGAGUAUUUGUUUGGACGAUUUGACAUGCAAAUCAAGCUUAUACCAGGGAACUCGGCAGGCACUGUCACUACAUUUUAUCUAAGUUCUCAAGGAGAUCACCAUGAUGAGAUUGAUCUAGAGUUCUUGGGCAACUUGUCCGGUGAUCCAUAUCUUCUCUCAACCAAUAUAUAUGCCAAUGGUAAUGGGGGUCGCGAGAUGCAGUUCUAUCUUUGGUUUGAUCCCACACAGGACUUCCACACCUAUUCUAUUGAUUGGAAUGCUCAGCGCAUAAUAAUAUUGGUGGAUAACAUACCCAUAAGAGUGAUGCAUAACAGGCAAAGCAUUGGUGUUCCAUUCCCAACAAGGCAACCCAUGAGAGUUUAUACAACUCUAUGGAAUGGAGACUCGUGGGCAACAAGAUGGGGGCAGGUGAAGCUCGAUUGGUCACAAGCUCCAUUCAUAGCAGGUUUCAGAAAUUUCAAUGCCAAUGCAUGCAUACCAAGAUCUGGGGCAUCUUGUGUUGGUUUCAAUGGUGGACGAAAUAAAGGUCUUAGUGCUGAAACCAGGAAGAAACUCAAAGAGAUCCAUUCAAAAUGGGCAGUUUACGACUAUUGCCGCGAUUUUAGACGAUAUGCUCAUGGUCUUCCAUAUGAAUGCCGCAAGAACAAUGUUCACUCAGCUUUGGAAUAA